GCUAACAAUGGUAUCUGUUUUCUGCGCUUUGAUGACACCAACCCUGAGAAGGAAGAAGCAAAGUUCUUCACUGCUAUCUCUGACAUGGUAGCCUGGCUGGGGUACACCCCUUACAAAGUGACGUAUGCUUCUGACUAUUUUGAUCAGCUGUAUGCCUGGGCUGUGGAGCUCAUUCACAGGGGUCAGGCUUACGUGUGUCAUCAGCGAGGGGAAGAACUCAAAGGUCAUAACCCUCUUCCUUCCCCCUGGAGGGACAGACCCAUUGAGGAAUCACUGCUGCUCUUUGAGGCCAUGCGCAAGGGCAAGUUUUCCGAGGGGGAGGCCACACUUCGGAUGAAGCUGGUGAUGGAGGAUGGCAAGAUGGAUCCUGUAGCCUAUCGAGUCAAAUAUACCCCCCAUCACCGCACAGGGGACAAAUGGUGCAUCUACCCCACUUACGACUACACACACUGCCUCUGUGACUCCAUUGAACACAUCACCCACUCACUCUGCACCAAGGAAUUCCAGGCCCGACGAUCUUCCUACUUCUGGCUAUGUAAUGCACUGGCCGUCUAUUGCCCUGUUCAGUGGGAGUAUGGCCGCCUCAACCUCCACUAUGCUGUUGUUUCUAAGAGGAAGAUUCUCCAGCUCGUAGCAACUGGUGCUGUGCG